AUGCGGAUCAUCAGGAGCCUACCAUUUUUAGCUCCCUUGUUGCUACGAGGGGUAAGGGAUAUUGGGUGGGAGCAUGCAGUGGAUCUUGAUGGAAAUAAAAAACGGUGGCAGUGCAAGUGGUGUGAUUUAUGUCGAAGUGGUGGGGUAACUACAUUGAAGGCUCAUCUUACUGACAGCAGCUGCCCGAAAAUUCCAAUGGAAAUGUCAAAGCAAGUGUUGCACUUCGUUGAAGAGAAAAGAGCAGCACGCCAACUUUUUAAUAGGGACCCAUGGCCCCCUUACAAGAAAAUUGAUGGGGUUAGUCUUUUUUGCUCAGAAGUGAAAGAGGAGGGGACUGUAUCAUAUAAGAAUGGUCAGCAACCUUCAAAUAAUGGUAUGCAUAUGCAAACAUCAGGGAAUUGCACUAUUGACGAGUUGGCAGCUCGAAGCAACCAAUGUGGUACAGAACAUAGUGGCCAACCAGUUGAGGAUUAUGAGCAGUCAAAGAAAGGCAGUGAUUGGGCAGAGGAGCAGUUGCCAAUCGAGAAUGGCAAGCACCAUGUACUAAAUAAUGAGCACCACAUUGUUGACAAGAACAAUGGGAAUCCACAAAAUAGAGAGAAGUUGAACUUAGAGUGUGAUAACUCAAUACAAGGUGCCGUAACUACAUUGAAGGCUCAUCUUACUGGAUCAGAAGAGGAAGGGACUGUACCAUGUAAGAAUGAUCAGCAACCUUCAAAUAAUGAUAUGCAUAUGCAAACAUCGGAGAAGUGCGCUAUUGAUGAGUUGGCAGCUCGAAGCAACCAAUGCGGUAAACAUCAUUGUGGACAACCAGUUGAGAAUUAUGAACAGUCAAAGAUAUGCAGCGAUUGGCCCGAGGAGCAGUUACCAAUGGAGCAUGAAAAGCAUCAUGUACUAAAUAAUGAGCACCAGAUUGUGGACAAGACCACUGAGAAUUCACAAAACAAACAGAUAUUGAAACAUCCUCGGAAGACCAGGUUUAACUUACGGAAACAUAUUGUUAUCAUUGAUGAAAUUGCAAGGCAUUGGAGGUGUAGGUACUGUGGUAUGGAUGGACAUGGCAAAACAUCUAGGCUCCAUUAUCAUCUUGCUGGCGUCUUUCGUCAUCCUAAGUGCACAAGUGUCCCUAAAGAAGUUUUUGCAAAGGCAAAACACCAUAUUCUAAUAAAGAGAAGGCCCGGGAUGAAAAAGACUGGGCAGCAAGCUCCUCCAGAGCCACAAAUUCUUGUGCAAUCCAGUGUAAUACUGGAGAACAAUGAUCCAGCAUUUAGCAAUCUUCCACAAUUGCCAAUAAAUGGUUUGUCGAGCGAGGCGCGUUCCAGUUACCCGACAAGGUUAAGGGACAAUGCAUGGGAACAUUCACUGGUUUAUGACAGAGAAAAAGGACAUUGGAAGUGCAAGUGGUGCAGCUUAGAGGGUUAUCAUGGUGUAACUAGAUUAAAGUGGCAUCUUGUUGGCUGGCAAAAUCAUCCUCGAUGCUGUAAAAUUCCAGAAGAUGCCGCUAAGAGGGUUAGAGACCAAAUGAUAUCAAGGGAAAAGAAGAAAGUGAGAACAUCAGGUCCACAUGCCGGUAUUGACAGUGGUGACAUUCUUUGCUCUUCUAUGAGUUCACAAUUUGAUGAAGAGCAUUUCACUAUAGCUGUGCAGAAUAGUAGUUCUUCCCAAGCUUUUGAUGAAGCUAACAGAACAUCAAAUACAUGCAACACGUUAUCAAAUACUAUAUCCGGUUCUCAGCCACUCAUGGAGGGCCCUCAUGGAAUAUUAUAUAGUAACACAAACAAAUCUGAGAUGCUAUCUAGAAGAAGUGACUGUUGGAGUCACUGGAGAUAUGUUUUGAAUGGACUGAUGCAUUUGCAUGGUGUACAGGAGGGUGCUGGCAUCCAGAGUUGCAUCCGUGAUGUCCUCCACAGUUGCUCUAAAUUUGAAUCUCUCAGGGACAAAGUGGAAAUGGAUUCUGACAGAACAGUGUCAAGGAAUACGGGUAUUGCUGAGUGCAAGAACGUUCUUGUGGACAUUUUGAGAUCAGAGGAUUUUGCCUUGUUAUGCAAUGUUCUUCGCAAAACUGUGCAUCAAGAUGGGGAAAGGACUAAGUAUUUCGAUUUUGGUGUGAUUGACUCUAGAAUGAAAAAUGGAGAGUAUGGGUGUGCACCUGAAAUAUUCAAAGAUGAUUUAAAACUGUUAUGGGAAAAUCUUAAAAUGGCUGGCCAAGAUAUCAUUGACCUAGCAAAUAAUCUUUCAAGUCUCACAGAAGCCUCCUACACAAAUGAGGUUGGAAGACAAAGAGGAUCAUGUGAUUGUGAGGAGGAACUCAAGGGAGCUGUGUUGGGCAGCUCUGAACCCAAGAAAUUGGUCGAAUCAGCUCCAUCAGUACCCUCGACCUCACAGGGAUGCCAACCAUUGGACUAUCCAGAGCGAACAGAUGUUUCUGAUGUUCAAAAGGGCAGUGCCUGUGACCAAUGUGGCAAAGAGACGAGAGGUGUCAGCACCGUCAUAUGUAACGUAUGCAAGUUAGUGUGUCACAUGUCAUGCAUUGAUCCUCCGAUACCAUCCACGUCGACGGGAAGCUGGUAUUGCAAAGGCUGCAGCAGUACCACCUGCAACGAAUCAGCUCAAGGAGGUUAUGAACCGAAUAGCUUGCAUGGAAAUUGUGUCCUAUGCAAAAGACUUGAGGUGUGCAUGCCCCCAGAAUGCAAAGAACAGACACCUGUUGGUAAGUCAAGAGCAACUGUGCUUUCCAGUACUGAGGGUCGGGAACUGUCGAACAUUGACCCCGGUGGUUCAUGCAAGAUAUGUGGAACUCCUGAAGAGGAUGCCAAGAGAUUCCUCGUAUGUGGUCACAGCCACUGUCCAUACAAGUACUACCACAUUUGCUGUCUGAAGUCUAAACAGAUUGCUAGCGAUAUGCAGCGGGACAAACCGUGCUGGUACUGUCCAUCAUGCCUUUGUCGGGUUUGUCUAUCUGACAGAGAUGACGACCUGACCAUUCUGUGCGACGGCUGCGACGAGGCUUAUCAUCUGUACUGCAUAACACCUCGGCGUACUUGGAUACCCAAGGGGAAGUGGUAUUGCUCGCGUUGUAGCGUGGAGAGGGCAAAGGCGGGGAUGAGGCGGUAUGAGAAGAAGAUGCUGAAGCAGCAUCGCAAGGAUGAUGAUGCGAGGCUGGAAAGUAGGAAUUUUGCAGCGGUGGAUUUGCUGCUUUCUGCUGCAGAGAAGCUGAGGGAGGAUGAGCAACUGGUGGCUUGUGCAGAUUACUAG